UUACGGUGACAUGGUGCCCAAGACCAUUGCUGGGAAGAUCUUUGGCUCCAUUUGCUCCCUGAGCGGGGUGCUGGUCAUCGCUCUGCCGGUCCCUGUCAUUGUUUCCAACUUCAGCCGAAUUUACCACCAGAACCAGCGUGCCGACAAGCGCAGAGCGCAGAAGAAAGCCCGGCUCGCGAGGAUCCGAGUGGCCAAGACGGGCAGCUCCAACGCGUACCUGCACAGCAAGCGCAACGGCCUCCUGAACGAAGCCCUCGAGCUGACGGGAUCCACUGAAGACGAGCAGCACAUGACUAAAGGCACCUCCUUAAUCGAAAGCCAACACCACCACCUGCUGCACUGCCUGGAAAAAACAACCGGAUUGUCCUAUCUUGUGGAUGAUCCCCUGUUAUCUGUACGAACUUCCACCAUCAAGAACCACGAGUUCAUAGACGAGCAGCUGUUCGAGCAGAACUGCAUGGAGAGCUCGAUGCAGAACUACCCCUCCUCGCGGAGCCCCUCCUUGUCGAGCCACCACGGGCUGACCACCUCCUGCUGCUCCCGCCGGAACAAGAAGACCACUCACCUUCCCAACUCCAGCGUGCCGGCCACGCGCCUGCGCAGCAUGCAGGAGCUCAGCACCAUCCACAUCCAGUGCAGCGAGCAGCCCUCGCUCACUACAAGUCGCUCCAGUCUCAACAUGAAAUCAGAUGAUGGGCUGAGACCGAACUGCAAAGCCGCCCAGAUCACCACAGCCAUCAUCAGCAUCCCCACGCCGCCUGCGCUCACCCCGGAGGGCGAGAGCCGCCCCCCGCCCGGCAGCCCCAGCCACGCCACGAACGUUUCCACCACGAGCAACAUCGUCAAGGUCUCGGCCUUGUAG